ACUCAUAAAUGUCUUAACACGUAUAUUUAACGUCAUUAUUUAUAAUAAAUAUCAUAAUAGCAAUAAAUUAUUCAUCUAUUAUGACCAAUAAAUUUAUAAUCCAAAGCUUUAAACAAAAUACGUAAUCAGCAAAGCAGAUAAAAAAUAAUAAGUAGUAAUAUAAAUAUAUAUAUAAACAAUAAUAAAUAAUAAAAUAUGUCACAGCCAGACUAUGACCAAACAACACACGAUCACGCAUCACUUUUAGUUUUAUUAAAAUCAAUUGGCACUCAAUUGAAACCAAAAUUAUUGACAAGAUUGUGCGAUCGAAUCAACAAAAGUUUGAGCAAAUUAAAUAUCGUGGACUCUGGUGGAAGUACACGUGAGAUAAUAAUACGUUUUGUUCGUGAUUACCCUGUUGAAAAUAUUGAUUGGGGCGAUUUUCAAACUCACAGACGUUUAUUGGGUCUGAUAACAUUUAGCAAGUAUGAGGAACAGAAUGAAUUUAGUGAAUUAUGCCGACUACAUGAGACACUUAAAGUUAAGUAUAAUGAUACGUUAUAUGAUUCACGUGCCAUAUUUUUUGGACCCACUGAGUCUGAUAAUAUCAACGAGCCACCAGCUGGUUUCACGCCGCCUUCAAAUUUCAAAACGCGAGCGAUUUAUUAUCAUGAUGAAUUGUGUCCGAGUUUGGAGAACCAGGUGAUGGAAUGUUUGAACGCUUUGUUUUGGAUACUGGAGUCUAAGAGAUUGAAGAGGUUGAGAGAGAAAAUAGACCGGGCUCCGUUACUACGAGCUCCGUUUGAAAAAAAAGAACUCAUUGGACUGGACUUGGAAUCGAGGAAUAAUAGAAAAAAAUGCUCUGGGCGGAUGACUAAACAUUUAGCUGAUUUAUCUUUGCAAGCUGGUCUCCGUAUUGAAGCUCUAAAUUACUACAGCACAGCAGCAGCAAAUCUUCAAACAGUCAACGACUGGCUCUGGCUUGGAGCCGCCUAUGAGGGUCUAUGUGCCACAUCAUCAAUGAUACUCUACCCCAAUUUACGCAGAUCCUUGACCCUACACCGCAAUUCAUCCCUCCAAGAAACAAGUCCCGGCAAAAGGCGCGAAUCUCAGUCUCUCCCUAGUCCCACAAACGAUGAGCCCACAAAAGUCCACAUCCCGCAUUUACUAUCCGCUGAAGAAAUAGCAAAGAAGUACCGCGAAGCGAUCGUUCACUACAGCAAAUAUCAGAACGCCGCUAUCGUCGAAACAGAGGCCAGUUUCAAAGCGACCCGCAUAUCCAUUGAACAAAACAGUCCAUUACAAGCUGCGUGUUUUUUAAACAACGUCGUCUUCAAUCACAUAAAUUUAAGCGAGCAGGAAAAAAUCGAACGUUUUACAAAACUAGCUGAACUGUAUUCCUCAUUUGGGUUCAGCAGAAAAGCAUCAUUCUGCAUGCGUCUGGCAGCACUAAGAUACGUAUCACCUCACAAUCCUCACCGAGACUGGAAGCAGUGCUACAAUUUGCUGCUACAAUCUACCUCAGGGUUCAAACUAUCACUAGAUCCAUCUGACAUGACCGAUGACAACCGCAAAGGCUGGCCAGCAAUACAAAUCCAAGUCCUCAACGAACUAAUCGUCGCCGCUAAUCGCAUGGGCAACCCGGCAUUAGCGACCCGCCAUAUGACAUUCAUAUUACAAACACUAUUUCACUAUCUAUCACCCAACGAACGUACAGACAUCGCACUGCAGUUACAAGGAGUCGCUCAGCAAUGCGAAGGUGCCCCAGUGCCGCUCGUUCUCGAGUCAGGAAUCGUGAUCCCACCAGCAAAUUUAAUAAACAUACCCAUGACCAAAGCGUUUGCCCUGAAAAAUCUACCGCCGCAUCUCCAGCCGCAGAAAAUCCAACGAGUCAAAGAGGACCACGGCCCGUUUUUAUUCACUCCCAUAAACUUCGGUUCGCUUGAACGUAAAAAUGUAUCGAAAAACAGCGUCGACUAUUUGUGGGUCGACGGUGACAUCUGCGAGGUUUCUAUCCAGUUGAUAAAUCCUCUGCCAUUUGAAUUGGUCGUGUCCAACAUGCGGCUGCUGACCAGCGGCAUCGUCUUUGAGUCGCUUCCGGAGAGCAUUACAUUGCCAGGAAAAGCUGGACCAAUUGGUGUGUCACUAGCCGGUACUCCUAGAGAGUCCGGGACACUGGAAAUUCAUGGGUUCAGUACCCAUACACUCGGUGUUAAAUCAAACUGUCGGUUACGAAAUAUUCCAGGUAUGCCAUAUCCGUCUUAUAACAUCACGGUGAUUCCAAGUCUACCAAAAAUAGACGUCGCCACAAGUUUACCGCAGACGGCAAGUUUUAGUACUGGUAAAAAUAUCGUGACGAGUGCGAGUGUGUCGUUGUAUGGGGGAGAGAGUACUGAGUGCACGAUAACAAUUAAAAAUUGUGGUCAAGUAGCCAUCGAGACUAUCGAGACUUCGAUAAAAUCAUCACUGAAUAGUAUUAAGGAGUCGAAAAUAUUUAAAUGGAGUGAUAGUAAUUUAAAUUCUCAACUACCGCUUGAACCGGGUGCUAGUGCUAGUCUUACACUUUAUCUUUACGCUGAUAUGGAGUUUAUUGUCGUCAAUAAAGAAGCGCAGCAGUUAAAACCGAGUCCGCGUAUCAGCAACAGUACAUCACAGAGUAAUUCAAAGUCAUGGCCAUCGCGCACCCAUUUGUCGCAAUCAAAAAAAAAACCCUCGUCUUUACCAGCAACGUCGUCAAAUAGUUCAGGAUUGAAUUCGCAAUUAGCUAAAUUAACUAUACAGCCACCGUCGAAUAUUAUUGUCGAGGGGCAAUUGAUGAUCAAGUAUUCUGGUGGCGCGGGAUUAAUUGACGGCUACUGCAGAGUAUCGUCGGUAUUUAUUUCUAUUGAAAUGCUGCCGAGUGUUAAUAUUACGAGCUGGGAUGUCUUGCCAGCUGAAACACCUAGUCAAUUUUAUCUUGUACUUGAUGUAGUUAAUAUGACUAAUCAGGAAAUGGAGUUGUAUUAUACGCAGAGUAAAUGUAUUUAUAUGGGAGGCAGAGAAUCAUGUAGGAUUCCAGUUCCAGUUGAUCGCUGUCCGUUGGAUAAGUUGUCAGCAAUUAGUAGUACUGAUGUCAAUGGGGAGCUACAGAAAAUUUGCUCUCAGCAUACGUCCUCGUUGGUUGAUAUGAGGUGGCAGUUGCUCGGCACUGAUUUGACGGGCAAGGCCACGUUAACGGGGAUCACUUUCACUCGUGAUAUGCUUGAUCUCGUGAAAAUGAGUCCUUUACAAUGGGAAGUUGUAAUCAAUGACACGGCUGUAAAACCUCAAGAUGAAAUCACUUGUACGAUUGGUGACUGUGUCAGUAUUGGAGUUGGAGUUUGUAAUUCUCUAGAACGUCCGCUAAGCAACUUAUGUUUAACUAUUGAAUUUUAUCAAGACUACCAGAAUGGUACUUGUAAUUAUAAGCUUGAUAAUCUGUUGGCCAUUGCUGGUGCUAGCAAAGUAAUGCUUCCUACGCUACAAGAAUACGGACGUGCUUAUCAUGAAUGCCGAGUAGUAUUUUUCAUGCCAGGACAAUUCAAACUAGACAUACGAUGUAGUAGCAAUGAUAACUCGCCAUCAAGCUCCAAUCGCGAGGAUCAAACGAUAGCAGACAAUGAGUGGCGUUACAUACCACCCAUUGAAAUAACCGCCGAAGACUACUGAUAUUUGUACAAAAAAUCUCCUGUAUUUAUAUGUAAAAAAUUUAUAAAUUUAUUAUUUUUAAUUUACAAUAAAAAAACUAGACAUAAGA